AUGGCUCAGCAAUCUCCCAUCGUAAUAGAUGUCCUAGCAGCAUGCGGCGCAUUUACUUGUACAUCCUUCCUACUGCUGAAUGGAAAGUCACCCCAAGCUAGAAAAUGUCUUCAAGAUGCGCUCCAGCUCAAACACCAAUCUGUGGCAUCUCUAAAAAAGCUCCUGGACAACCCAUCGCCAUUAUAUUUGGAAGCAGCCCUCGCAGUUGUGGCAAACUUGAUUUUGAUCGGGCUGAUGAACCACGAUUGUCACUCAUUAUACCAGGCCAACUUCUCGGGAUAUCUACAGAAUCAGGGAUUUGAAGGAACUUCAGAAACACUCGAAAUGCACAUCACUGGCAUUAAAACUAUGGUCAAACUGCUCGGCGGAUACGAAAGCCUUGUUAACAGUUCGAAAAGCUGCGGUAACGCAGCUGCAUUUUCAGGCAAUAUGACUCAAAAAUUCCCUAUGUCACCAAUAUUCGAAGUCAAAACCGAGCGACACUUUUCCGAACUAGUGGCGAUGAACCAUGAUAUACACUCAACGCCCUUACACUUUGUAUCCGGGUUAAUCAACACCAUGUGGUUCGCCUCUUUGGAUCCUCGACUACAGAACUUAAUUCACUCGUACAAAUGGAUUGUUCUCACCUAUGAGGGAAUUCUUCAUAUAAACAACCGGUUCAACAGCGUGAAGGACGACUAUCUGACUCUUUGCGAAUAUCGACUGUUAGAUUUUGAUGAAGACCCAUUAACACCAUUCGAAGACACAAUUAGACUUACUAUCGUGCUUUACAGCGUGGUUCGUCUUUAUACUCUACCUCCACAGCAAUGUGAAAGAUUUAUCAUCACGUAUCUACAACCAAAGAUCAAAGAAACUUCUGAGCAGAUACAAAAAAUAUCGCCUGAUUUGUGGUUUUGGGUUCUGUGGGUAGCAGUACUUGGCUCGGUUGGACUUGGGGAGUGUCAUGAGUUCUUUGUGCAGCAUCUCCUCGAAGUUGCUUUUUCGAGAGGGAUCAAGACUUGGCCCGACGCUUCAAAUAUUCUCGAAAGGUUUCUUUUUGUUGAUCGGGGGGCGAGUGAGCCUGGGAAGGCAUUUUGGAAUUCAGUUCAAGUUAGCAUGCAUGGAAAAUUCUCAUAA